AUGCCUGUCCACCCCAGACGGAUACAUUCCCGCAGGACAUCUCGGAAGCCUAAUCUUGCUCCUAUGCCAGUUAUCACACUCAACCCUGGGUCGAUGGACAACAUGAACAACGAGCAGCAAUCGAGCGAUACAGGCCCAGAGCCAGACACCAAAGCCGAUGAGAAACAGCCCACGCCAACAGGGCGACCAGCCUUGCCAGCCUUCUCCUUCAAUCCAGGAGCUGCAACAGACUCAGACAGUAGCUCAUCCAGUCCUACCCACCCAAUCUUGGAAGAGAUGGCUCACAAUGGGUCCCGCCGUAGUUCCAGACCCGCUGCCCAACCCGCCUUCAGCUUCAGCCCUGAAUUCAGUGAGACCCAGAUAACUCCAAGCCCAACCAAAUCAAGCUUUGCUUCAGAUCCGCCCACCUCAGCAAGGUUCAUGGGACAUCGUCGAAGUACAAGCGAGUUCAUCGGGGCCAGUGAAGGAACGCAAGUGUCCAGCACACCUACUUUCAGUGUCAGUCCUCGGAAGAGUGCUCUAAGCCCUCCGGUAACUGGCUCUGGUCCACCAAAAUUCAGUCACCAGCAUCGUCGAUCGCAGGCCGUGUCCAUAUCUGAAAUAGAUACCUCAGAACUCAUCAAAGCUAAUGCUGUUGCGAAACACCGACCAGGCUCCACGCCAUCCACAUCUAUCGAUCUUCCUUCUAAUGAUCACUUUUCUCGAGCAAGUCAGUCCAUCUCAAACCUUUAUGAGAGGACUCCACCGACUUCGCCACGUCGUCGAGCAAGUGCUACUGGCACUCGACCUCGGGUAGGAUUUUCCGACACCAUAGAUGUGAUACCUCGACCUUUGUCAAUGAUCUCCUCCGAGACUGAAGGCAGCACAUCCACGGUCCGUGGUAAUCAUUCUCUGACUGGCAGUAUAACGUCGCUAGGCAGUUCGGCCGCUCGGUCCACUCCUUCGCCUAUUCUCGAUGGUAGUAGUUCAGCACAAAGACCUAGAACUGCAGAUGCCGCAAGCCUGAGCUCGCGGAUGCCGAUGCAAGUUGACCAAGUGGACGAGAUUGGUUUACCAAAGAGGCCGUUCUCGGCAUCGGAAUCGACCAGUCUUUUCGCAAGCUUGGGAAGUCCUGUAACUAAGAAGAGGUUCUGGUCCCUUUCUGGCGGAAGCAACGAGACCUCUCCGAUGACUACUCCCAGACAUACCCCAACAGUGGAAGAGACAGAUCCCAUGACAGCGUUGAAGCCUUUCGCGCCGGUGGUACAUACGACAAGUGCUCAAGCACGGCCAAAAACAUCUCCGGAGCGGAAAGCUAGUAUCAGGAAGAGGAAGGUCCGAACAAUAGCAGGAUCUAUCUUCUCACGCAAGGCUCGUAGCCGCGGAGCACAGAACAGGGGCAGACGCACACCAACUCCGCCACUUAGCCGCUCAUGGAGUAAUGGUGUGGCAGAUGCUGUUUUCGAUGAGGACAACACGGUUGUGAUCACAAACACCCCAUCACCUGUCCAAGAAUGCCCACCACGCCCGUCACUGACUACCGUUCUACCAUCCCAAAGUUCGCUAUCUAGCUACGACGAUGAUGAUAGUGAUGAUCGUGUCACGAGUCCAGUUAUCGAUUUGGAUGCUGCGCUUGGACCUUUUGGUAGCGAAGCAAGGCUACCUCAAACUGGGUUCGCAGCAGCAAGAAAUAGAAUGCACAGCAGUGUAGGGAGGGCAAUGCCGGACGCGUUUGGCGUGGUGCACCGUAGAGCAGAGAGCGCACCACAGAUGCCUCCGAUCAAUAGAAACACGUUCGGCGUGCAUUGCUUGGGUAGCAAUCCAAGUGUUGCGGAAGAAGUCUUCGACGAAGAGGAGGAAGACGACUUUCUGGCAGAAGAAAAGAAGCCGAGGGCGGAAUCUGACCCUACAACUGGUCACGAUGCUGGAAGCAUCAGUGCCUCAGAAAGCUCUGACCCAGAUGAAGCCACGGAAGACACCACUGUUGCACCUUCACGACCUCUGAGUGGCCUUGCUAAUUCGACCAACAUAUCGUACGGCGUUGCAAUCGUCGAUACUGAAUAUGAUGUUACCCGCGAGGCUGCAAGAUCUUCAAACUCAACGCUUACUACACCCACCAUGCCAGAGUCUGAGAUCAAGCAACCCACUUCAUCACCUAUGACCUUGGCCUACCCCGUCCCUCAAGCUUCUUACGCAUCAUCAGGAGAAGGCCGAUCCGCACCCGGCUCCGCAAUUUCCUCCCCAGACGCCGAACAUAUCAACUUUGACAACUAUCCUCGUUUCGGUCGACACAUUGGUGAGCCAGGUCCCGAUGCUGGUUUUCGUUUCUCAACCGAGGACGUACCUUCUCUUUGUGAUAGUGUAUCGACUGGGAAUGCUCCUCGUUCUUCGAGUGGCGCAGUCACGCGCUCUUCGGUAGAUCAACGUCCACCCUCUUUCUCUUGCCCUUCCACAGGUGUGGGUAACAAACCACGGCAAGCAUGGAAGCGCGCCAGCCUGGCCAGUCUGAACAAACUGAUACCAGGUUCGUCGCAUGGCGAGAGGAGUCGACUGUGUGUCGAAGAAUCGUCUGGACGCGAACAAGACGACAAGGCAAGAAGGAAAGGCAAUCGCAUUAGUAGAUUGAUGAAUUUUUGGAGAUCUAAGGAAAAGGAGAACAAGUAG